AUGCGUCGAUUCAAAAUUGACGUCCUGCAGGAUCAAGACGCUCUUGGAGGUGCAUCGGAUCGCAUAAGGGAGGAAUUCAGGGCUUAUCUGCGCGGAUUGCAUCAGCUUGGUGAGGAUGGGGUGAUCCAUGGCGCUGUGCGGAAUUAUGCGUGUUUGGUGCUUGAUCGGUCUGUUGUUUGUGUAUUAGCCGAUCUGACAUUUCCUGAUGACUCCGAUGAUGACCAUCUGAGGGAGGAGGAGGAUUGGCGGCUGUUUCGUGAGAUUACAAUUAAGCUUGUGGAUGCCUGGUGGGAGAGACCGGUGACGAAUGCCUCGGCUUACCGCGGCGUGGAUCGUUCAACGGUCCGAUUACUUCUCUCGUCUACUUUUACAGGGAGGUCUCCACGGGUGCGAAUAGUGGUGCCAUGCAGGAUUUGUGGCGGCUGA